UCCCCGGGACCCCCCGCUCGGUGCAUCCCCGGGGGGGCUGCGGCCGGGCAGGAGCCAGGUCGGACAGACACACAGCCGGACAGACAGCGGGACAGCCGGGCCGGGGGGGGCGGGCGGGGGCGGGAGCUCCGUUGUGCAAUGGCCCCGCUCCGCUAUAUAGGGGGGGGCCGCGGGGCAUGGAGCCACCGCCGGGACGGGACGGGACCCACGGGCCGGCCCAGGCUCAGCGAGUGGGUGCAAGUCUCCGAGCCCGCGAGGAUGCGGUGUCCCCGCGUGUCCCUGUGGGGUGUCCUGUGGCUGUGGCUGCCGCUGGCCGGUGGCCGUCCCCUCCGGCCCGACAAGGUCCAGGCCGACACCCGCAACCUCACCCGCACCCUCAGCACCCGCAUCCGGCACCUGCAGCUGCUCCCGGUGACGCUGCGGAUCCGGGGGCUGGAGGUGGGGGAGGAGGUGACCCCCCAGACGGGGGGUGUCCCCGAGGGGGGCGGUGUCCCCGAGGCGGGGCUGGGGGCGCUGGCCCAGCGCCUCCCCCCGCUCCAGCGCCUGCUGGGGACACUGGCCCCGGGCCACCCCCCGCUGGCCCAGGUGGCCAACGACACCGAGAACCUGCGCAGCCUCCUGCUCACCCUGGUCACCCUGCUGGGCUGUCCCCUCCCCGCCGUGUCGCCCCCGCCCGGGGUCCCCCCCCGGCUGGCCGAGCUGGUGGCCGAGGCUCCGCACACGGUGGCCGCGGUGGCCCUGGCGCGACUCCGGGACUGUCUGGAUGCCAUCGCCACCCGGCUGGACGGGCCCCCCGCCUGCUAGGGGACACGGGGGGACACCCUGGGGACAGCGGGGGACACCGGGCUGAGCCCCCAGCGCAAGGGUGGGGACGGCACCGGCACCGCGGGGUCCGGGCUCCUCUGUCCCUCCCUUUCUUUUAUAUUAGUAUUUAUUAUUAUUAUUAUUAUUAUUAUUAUUAUUAUUAUUAUUAUUAUUAUUAUUAUUAUAUUUUUACUUCCAUUUUAGUAUUAUUUUAAUUAUAUUUCUUAUUAUAUUUAUUAUGAUUUUUAUUAUUUAAGACGUAAUUAUUUCAUUAGCAUAAUCUCAGUGUUAGUUUAGUAUUGCUUUUG